GCUGGGGCCCAACGGAGGCGGCCAGACGGCGGAGCCAGUCGAGUUGGAGCGCCGCAGCACCGCGUGGUUCGGUCGAUUAGUCAGACGGUCAGUUUGAGGGUACGUGACACCCGCGCAGGUUACAACCUACGCAAGAAAAAGGAUGGCGCUAUUCCGCUUCACUCCGAAACGCUGCCUCGACGUGCAGAAAAUAACGUCGGCAGUCUUCGUACGACAGCUCACCGAUGCAUCUACGGAUCUUAAAAGGGUUCUGACUGACAGGAUCCCGAAGGAACAGGAGCGAGUCAAAGCCUUCCGUAAGGAUCAUGGAUCCACCAAAGUCGGAGAAGUCACCGUCGACAUGAUGUACGGUGGUAUGCGCGGCAUCAAGGGCCUCGUGUGGGAACCAUCGGUACUGGAUCCGGAGGAGGGUAUCCGAUUCCGCGGGAAGUCAAUUCCCGAAUGCCAGAAACUCUUGCCGAAGGCAUCCGGUGGCGCGGAACCGCUGCCGGAGGGUCUCUUCUGGCUGCUGAUUACUGGCGACGUGCCUACGGAAGCGCAGGUGAAGGCCAUCUCGCAGGAAUGGGCAUCCAGGAGCUCGUUACCCGAGCACGUGGUUAAGGCCCUCAACAAUUUCCCCAAGACUCUACAUCCGAUGACGCAGUUCUCCGCAGCGAUUACGUUGCUGAACAGCGAGAGCGAAUUUGUUAAGGCGUAUAACAAGGGUGUGCACAAAAGCAAAUACUGGGAAAGCGUGUACGAGGACUCGAUGAAUCUGAUCGCCAAACUGCCGGUGGUUGCCGCCACCAUUUACCGUAACAUCUACAAGGGCGGCAAGGGUUUGGGCUCCGUCGACGCUGGUCGGGACUGGUCCUGGAAUUUCGCUAACAUGCUCGGUUAUGACAAUCCGCAAUUUAUCGAACUGAUGCGUCUCUACCUGACGAUCCAUUCAGAUCACGAAGGUGGUAACGUGUCCGCUCACACCACCCAUUUAGUAGGAUCCGCCUUAUCAGAUCCGUAUCUAUCCUUCUCCGCUGGUAUGAAUGGUCUUGCCGGACCACUGCACGGUUUGGCUAAUCAGGAAGUGCUGGUGUGGCUGGAGAAGUUGCGUGGUCAAGUCGGCGACAGUCCCAGCGAUGACAAACUCAAGGAGUUCAUCUGGAAUACAUUGAAGAGUGGCCAGGUCGUGCCCGGCUACGGACAUGCCGUUCUCAGGAAAACCGAUCCGAGGUACACCUGCCAGAGGGAGUUCGCGUUGAAACAUUUACCGAACGAUCCGUUAUUCAAGCUUGUCGCGCAAGUGUACAAGGUAGUACCGCCAAUCUUGUUGGAGACUGGCAAGGUAAAGAACCCAUGGCCGAAUGUGGACGCGCAUUCGGGUGUGCUGUUGCAAUACUAUGGCAUGAAGGAGAUGAACUACUACACGGUUCUAUUCGGCGUGUCGCGUGCGUUGGGCGUGCUCGCUUCUCUCGUUUGGGACCGCGCCUUAGGAUUGCCCAUCGAGAGGCCUAAGUCCCUCAGCACCGAUCUCCUUAUAAAGGCUGUCAAGGCUUAAGAACCGUUUCUCACUGGAUCGACGAUCGACCAGCAUCACCUCGGAGUCUCGUCGUCUCCUGACCUCGAUUUUGUUCGAGCGUCAACCGCGGCGCCGGGAACUUUGAUAGGAUAUCAUUUUGAUACCAACUUCGACGGAGACACCUCAACGAGCCCGCGCCUUAUUGAGUAAAUGAUAGUGCGAUUGGGAGAGAGCGAGAGAGCGAGAGAGUGAAGAAUGAAAGAGACACAAGGCUAGGUAUUAAACACGACAAAUAAUUACGUCUAAUGUAUUAUCUAAAUGUAGAAUUAUUAAGAGCAGACACAUCAAUGUUCCCCGUCAACGAAUUCGCAUUAAUUCUCUUCCCGCUGUCGAUACUUUUAAUGAAUGACGAUAAACAGACAUUUUAAUUACACCAACAUACAUAUGUAGAUAUACAUAUGUAUAUACAUUACACCUGUAUAAAUUAAUUAUAUACAUAUAAUAUGCUUAAAAACAUAUGUUUUAAGCUAAAUUGUUACAAAGUAUCAAUUGCGGGGACAGGCUUAAAUGGGUGUUCUCGCAACGUAGCUGCUUAUAUAAGUGGAAACGUAGAUUGGUCCAAUAGUGAAAACUGCCAAAAUUGCGAGGAAACCCACGAUAGUGCAAAAAGUCCAGAGGAUAACUUUUAGAUAUCUAAGUAUUAAAAUUUUUAGACCUCUAAAUAUUUCUCAGGUGUCUAAAAGAUGUCUCAUGGAAUUUAUUUAUAGAAACACACACACACAAGAUAAAAAACGCGUCAGAAAUAGGUAAUUAUUGUAAAUAAAGUCAUCGCUCAAUACAAAGCAACACGCCGACUACCGCUAGAAAUUUAGGGAAUUUAAACUACGCAAAAUCUACGGCGAUAGUUAACGUGUUAGCCUAACGACGUAAAGUCAUAAAUACAAUAGAAAGUAGAGACUCGAAAUCUAGAUUUAUUGCGUAAGGCAACAUAAACGUUCAAGAAACAUCACCAUCUAAAAGAUAAUUUAAUUUAGAUCAGACAUCAUUCAGAGAAUUUUUUUUAUACCUGGCAUUUUUAUGUUAUUCGGUGAUUAGACAUGAAUUAGCAACCGUCACGUUGUUGUCUUGCCUCGUCACACAAAAAAUUGCACCCUGAUGUGUAUCAUAUUUCUUUUUCGAAUUGGUGGAUUAUUUUAGAAAUUACUUUCGAAAUUUAUUGAAUUUUUUUAGCAAUAGAACGGUGUCAUAAAGAAUAGAUCUUGAAAGCAAUAGUCAGCACGAACGCCAAAAGGCGAACGUGCUAAUUAGCUCAGACGUAGAUCUCCUUCCUUACGAAAAAAUACAUUUUUGGCGGUCCAAAAUGACACUCAAAUUGAGUGUUAAUCCUCAAUUAAAGAGUUAACACUCAAUUAGGUGUUAUUUCGGACCGUCAAGAGUGUAUUUUUUUAUAAGGGCUGGUCGUUGUUUACUGUCCCACUUCCCUCAGGAAAUUCAUUCUAACUGUAGACGGAAUAAAUACUGUAUCUAUGAUUCUGAUUGUUUUUGGAAUGGCAAAAGAAAUGCUGUUGCUGUACGCGAGUUGCAGUAGUUGAAUACUUAACGGCAUACAAUGACGCAGAGUGAUUGAGCAUACUUAAAAAUAGUGUUUAUAGUCUCGUCGAACGGCAUACUCGGUCGUAUCGUGACGAGAAACCGCCGUGAAUACAGUGUAAAAUUAAGAAGCAUGACCAGUGGUGGUGGAGCCACUGUUAUAAGAAUGAAUGAGUGUGUGUAUAUCUUAUUUAUAACGAAUGUGAAAAUAAAUGGAUCAAAGGUAA